GACUAUGAAAUCAUCCAGGAAUUUAUGGCUUUAGAAUAUAAGAACCUACCUGGUGAGUUCACCUCUGGGAAUGAACCACGCAACAGAGACAAAAACAGAUACCGAGAUGUUCUUCCAUAUGAUUCAACACGUGUUCCUCUUGGAGAAAACAAGGAUUACAUCAAUGCUAGUUAUAUUAGAAUAGUCAAUUCUGGAGAAGAGUAUUUUUAUAUUGCUACCCAAGGACCACUACCAGCUACCACAGAUGACUUUUGGGAGAUGGUUUUGGAAAAUAACUCUAAUGUUAUUGUCAUGAUAACCAGAGAGAUAGAAGGUGGAAUUAUCAAAUGCCACCAUUAUUGGCCCAUUUCUAUGAAGAAGCCUUUGGAAUUGAAAAGCUGUCAUAUCUUCCUGGAGAACUACCAGAUACUUCAAUAUUUCAUCAUUCGAAUAUUUCAAGUUGUGAGGAAGUCCACAGAAACUCGGCACUCUGUAAAACACUUGCAGUUCACCGACUGGCCAGACCAUGGCACUCCUGCCUCAGUAGAUGCUUUUAUAAAGUAUAUUCGUUAUGUGAGGAAGAGCCACCUUACCGGACCCCUGGUUGUUCACUGCAGUGCUGGUGUGGGCCGAACAGGGGUGUUCCUAUGUGUGGAUGUUGUGUUCUGUGCCAUUGAAAAGAACUUUUCAUUCAGCAUCAGCGACAUAGUGGCUCAAAUGAGAGAACAACGUUAUGGCAUGAUUCAAACGAAGGAGCAGUAUUGCUUUUGUUAUAAAAUUGUGCUUGAAGUUCUUCAGAAGCUUCUGACUUUCCAUUAAGAAAGACUUCUGUUGCUUCACACUUGAAAUUACCAAGUGGAGCCUCCUCAUAAAGAACGCGUUCGAGCUGUGCUGAAGGGCUUUGCUUAUGGGUACAAUGUGCUUUCUUGGUGUCUCAUUUCAUCUUCUUUCUGGCAACUCCCUGAAGGCAGCAUCAUUUGGUUUGGGAUGAACAGUGUGUACCCCUUGAUCUUACUUAGGUAACAUCAAAAUACCCUCCCACAUUUACCAAUGAAACAAAAGUUACAUAAAACAACUGCAGCCUAUUUGGUUGAAGGGAUUACAGAGCCCACAAAAGGACUUAAACUAUAUUCAUUAACAUUUUAUUUGGAAAGAUAGCUAAAGGGAGCUGAGGAUUUCCAGGACCUUAUAAAGCCCUUAUUCUGGGAGAAUGUAGGGCCAGUAAACUGCAGGAUCAUAGCAUGACCUCUUACCGGUAUUUUCAAGACAGAUACUUACCCAUGUUUUUUAGCUAGUCUGUACUUUUAGCUGGUAUUUAAAUAACUCAGUUCACUAACGAGUCCAAUUAUGGUGGAUUAACUUUCUACGCAAAUUGGAUUCCAUUUUCCUUUACUUCCAUGCUUCCGUGGGGCCACGGGGACCUCAGAGGACGAGCUGCCUUUCUAGAGCAGCUGGACAAGGACCUGUUGGUCUGGGAAGCAUGUCAUGGGUGGGCAGAGCUCCUCCUCUCCAUUACAUGAGCACACUGGUGAACCGUUCAAAAUUAAAAUAGGUGUUUAUAGAGAAAGGCCAAGAGGAAAACUUUGCCCAGCUUGAGUUCUUUCCUAUUCCACCCUAACGCUUAACAUGUUACUCAGUCUGCUUUGUUCAAAGCAAAUAUUACAUUUUACUUGCCUCUUACUCUUUGCCCUUGAGCUAACCAAUAAACUUGGAUAUAAGCAUUAUUAUGUAAUUCUGAGUAUCUCUUAUGCCAGAUAUACUUUUCAAACUAAGAUCUACGAUAGUUAUUUUAUUUCUUCAGAGUUCUAUUAAAU